AAAUAAAAUAAAUCUUAAAAAAAAAAACUGCUGAAAAUAGACUUUGAUCAAGCUGUGCUUGUAUUCGGGGACAAAAUGUUAGUAGAGGGAAUGGCUAGUACAAAGACCCUCAGGUGGGAAUAAGCCUGGUGUUGCGGAACCCCAAAACCUAGGUCUCUGCCCAAAAUUCAGUAAGGCAGUCACCAACACAGCAGUGGUAGGAGAAAGUAAAGGUAAAGAACCCUUUAGACUGAGGAGGCGGGAAGUGUGUCUGCUGAUCUGCAGGCCAAACUGUGUGUCACCCCUUUUUGAUUGGUUGGUGGUAGAAUUGCUAUUGUAGUGUUUUGGAGAUUUUGCUGGUAGCUCUGAUUAUUCUGGAUGCUAUCUGCAGUUGGCUGUUAUUUUUUGCUUAGGGCCUAGAAUUCCUGUAAACCACAACAAAGCCUUUAAAGCAGACCCUGAGGUCAAGGUGUUGCUACAGACUGAUCAGUGACCUGCUGAGUCUUGUGUUCUGGGAUCCUGUGAGCCUGACCGGCGCUCUACCUCUCCAUCAGUUCAGGCAUAAUCCUAAGCUGAACAGAUCUUGGCUUUCAGCUCCCCAGAAUCGACAACCUCAUUCUGCUCCUGUGGCCCAUGUGCUGCAUCCUCUGCCCUCAGUGUGCAACUGGCCCCCAACGCAAUGUGUGUUUGUCAAACCAUGGAAGUGGGGCAGUAUGGCAAGAACGCAAGUCGAACUGGAGACCGGGGAGUCCUGCUGGAACCCUUCAUCCACCAGGUGUGGUGUCUGUCUGUUUUGAGGGGGACAGUGACGGUUACAUCAACUUGGUGGCUUACCCAUACGUGGAAAGUGAGACUGUGGAGCAGGAUGACACCCCCGAACGAGAACAGCCUCGACGCAAGCACUCCCGCCGCAGCCUGCACCGGUCUGGGAGUGGCAGUGACCACAAGGAGGAGAAGGGGUCCCUGUCACUUGAAGCCUCUGAGAGCUCCCAGGAGGCAAAAAGCCCAAAGGUAGAGCUGCACUGCCACUCGGACGUCCCCUUCCAGAUGCUGGAUGGCAACAGCGGGCUGGGUUCUGAGAAGAUCAGUCACAACCCGUGGAGCCUGCGCUGCCACAAGCAGCAGCUGAGCCGCAUGCGCUCCGAGUCCAAGGACCGCAAGCUCUACAAGUUCCUGCUGCUGGAGAAUGUGGUGCACCACUUCAAGUACCCCUGUGUGCUGGACUUGAAGAUGGGCACCCGGCAGCAUGGCGACGACGCGUCAGCUGAAAAGGCAGCCCGGCAGAUGCGGAAGUGCGAGCAGAGCACGUCUGCCACACUGGGCGUCCGGGUCUGUGGCAUGCAGGUGUACCAGCUGGACACAGGGCAUUACCUCUGCAGGAACAAGUACUAUGGCCGAGGGCUCUCCAUUGAAGGCUUCCGCAAUGCCCUCUAUCAGUACCUGCACAACGGCCUGGACCUGCGACGUGACCUCUUUGAGCCUAUCCUGAGCAAACUGCGGGGCCUCAAGGCUGUACUGGAGCGGCAGGCCUCCUAUCGCUUCUACUCCAGUUCCCUGCUUGUCAUCUAUGAUGGCAAGGAGUGUCGAUCGGAGAUGCGCCUCAAGCACCUGGACAUGGGGCUCCCUGAAGUGGCAUCACCCAGUGUGCCCAGCCCCAGCAGUGCCAGUCCUGACGCAGGCCCUUCCUCUCCACCCAAGGUGGAUGUCCGCAUGAUUGACUUUGCACACAGCACAUUCAAGGGCUUCCGGGAUGACCCCACUGUGCACGACGGGCCCGACAGAGGCUACGUGUUCGGCUUGGAGAGCCUCAUCAGCAUCAUGGAGCAGAUGCGAGAUGAGAAUCAGUAGGCCUGUACAGGGCCCCCAGCACCUCCUCUUCUCCAGCUACAGGCAGGGACCAUUGCUCUCAACUCGCCGUGAGGACACAACAGACUUGCUUUUAAAGGGUUAUAUUUCUCUUUGGUGUAAACUAAAAGAAAUGUUUUUAGCUGUAGCCUGGAAUCCAUAUAUAUAAGAUGGAAGGAGGGCAGAACAUAAUGUCCUCUGGGCCAGGCUCCUUAGCUCUGUAUGCUGUGUCCAGGCUGGUUAGGAAGGCAGAGAUGCCCUGGUGGGCUUGCAGCAGGUACGGGGGGCCCUUGGACAUUGAUAGCUGUUCCUGGAUCUGUGGUUACAGGCCAUGGUGAUUGUAGGGUGAAGCCCUGGGCUGGCACAGGGCUGUUCCAUGCCCCCUCAUCCUUUGUUUCUCUGAAAUGGGGGGGGGUCAGCCAUCCGCCUCGGGGCUUUCCGUUCUUGUGCCGUAGGGGUCAACCAGCUCUUUAAGAGGUGCCCUCUGGGUGCCCCCAAGCUCACUGCGCACAGCAUCUUUCUCGGUUCUGCCCUUGGCACGGGGCUGGACAAGAGGUUGCGCUUAAGCCAGCUCAUGGCAGUGGGCAGGCCCUGGGUUCCUUGGUUACCCAUUGGCACAUGAACCUGCUCCUCUGCCUGCAAACCUGGUCAGUCUCACCAGGAUCCCAUGCCUAAGGAGGUCACUCCUUUCUGCCCCCCUCCCCGAAGGAGACAGCUCUGCUGGCCUCGGGGGUCUCUGGUGGCCCUGGCCCAAAAAGUAUUUGCAGCUUGCCUUCUGAGGGUUGGGGGCCACUGCUUCUAGUCUGGGCAGCUGUGCUGCCUCUGUGGGCCGCUCCUGCCAAGGGGCAAGGGCUGUGGUCCACUCAGGGUCUCCCUUCUCCAGGCCCCGCUCAGUGCAGCAGCUUGCUGGGAGACUCCCAGGACCUGAAGGAGAAACUUUCCCGAGAGCCUGGGGCCUUGGGUGCAAGUGCUCAACUGUGUGCUAAUGAGAGCUUGGCCUGGUCAGUCCCUGGUCCCUCAGUUUGUCUGUCUGUUCACUUGCCAGUGCUGUCUUCUGGGAGCUUUCCCCUGGGGAGGAGCCUUGAUCUCCAGCACCUGAUUUUCUCCACGUUCUCCUCGGCACGAAUCUCCUGCCAAUCUCUGAGGUGAGCCUUGCCCCGUGCCCUUCCUUAGCAGGCGCUGCCGUUUCCAGCGACCUGGUAACAGGAUGGCUUGUAGGUGGCAUGUCCCUGCUGGCCCAGCACCGUGCCCGGGGUCUGGGGUCUGGCCUUUAGCACUGACAGGGGCAGGGGAUACUCAAGGUGCCAACCUUCCUCUCCCAUCAUUUUCAUCAUUCUUGUUCCCCGUCCUUUAGUGGCACAGAAACCUGCCUCUGAUGCAGAUGGCCAGGUGACAUGGCACUAGGCCAGUGUCGCAACAAACUCUCUAACCCUGCAGGCCACCACUGUCACUUGGGACUUGUUUUGGCAUUAAAGAUAAACCUGCUGGCCUGUGUGUAGGCCUUGGUAACUGAAGGAUGAAUUCCUGGUCUUUGGAAGUGCAGCUUUGCACCUGGGUUCCUUGAAGGAUCCCCAUGCUCAGCCCUCUGACCCGGUGCCCUUGGGGGCAGGUUCCCGAUCCUUGGGCCUGGGAGGGGCAGCUUGCUCAUGGGCGGUCAGAAAUGACCAUCUGCUCGCCUAUACCAUUCUGUGGCUUCUUUAGCAUAGACAGUCAUUCCCUAGCAGGGUAGGGGUAAGACAGAGGGUCUGGGGCUGCCCGGGAUGUGCUGGGUCCGGCAGUUUAGAUUUAGGGAAGAUUGUGCCCUGUUGUGCUGCUCACAGCGGGGGGUGGGGCUGUAUUCACCCACAUUCAGUGUUUUCCUGCCACUUCCUGGGCGGGGUCCCUCUUUUCAGCACUUUGACACCUACAGCCCGCCUAGAGGUGGUGGUGAGGUGUGGGCGUGCACACGUUGGCUCGGCCACUGUUGCUUCUCCUUGUCCCUCGCUAGAGCGCCCAUUCCUCCCGCCCCAAUUUGGGACCAAAGUGCAACAUGGGAUCACCGGUUGGGGCACUCAGGUGACCCCACGCUACUGCUUUCCUGGGAUGAGGCGACACCAGUCCCCAGUGAUUGGGUGGGGUGGCGGUGCUUAAACAGGAAGGGGACCAGCGCGACCACUUGCCGGGGUUCCGCCUCUCUCUGGGCCUGUGCAAUGGGCGUGGGCAUCCGCCGGAGCCAGGGGCUGCGCUCGCUCGUAGCUGCUGCUCACGCGCUCACACCUGGCCUCCACACCGACUGCUUUGAACUUUAAAUCUGUACCAUGUGGUUCUGUUUGCGUUGAUUUAAGUUUUUACGGGGGGAGGGGUGGAGGACCCUGGGAAGAACUCGGCUCCUUUGCUUCCCGGGGGACGUCGUUUCUACGCUCCCUGCUCUUUCAUAGAAACUAAGCCUGUCCGCGCCACCGGGGCGCGUCCCGCUCUACGUGGCGCCGCCGCGUUUCCUCGGGGUCUUGCGUGUGGGAGGGGUCGCUUGGGCCGAGCCCGCCCCCGUCUGUACAUCCAGCGCUGCCCGCCCCGCUUGUGUCUGAGAUCGUGUACGUCAAAAUAAAGCCGCUAAAAACGA